AUGGAGCAACAAGAAGAGAAGAGGAAGAUAAAAGCCUACCAAAGAAAAAGUAAACGAUCCAAAUCAGGUUCGUCGUCCAUUCCUCUAGAUCUAGUCUCAGAGAUACUCCUAAGACUGCCUGAGAAAUCUGUUGCGAGGUUUCGUUGCGUGUCCAAGCCUUGGUCAUCAAUCACCACCGAGCCAUAUUUCAUCAACUUGUUAACAACUAGGUCUCCACGGCUUUUACUCUGCUUCAAAGCAAAUGAAAAGUUUUUUGUUUCCUCGAUUCCGCAACAUCGUCAGACGUUUGAGACUUGGAACAAGUCUCACUCUUAUUCUCAGCUUAUUGAUCGUUAUCAUAUGGAAUUCUCAGAAGAAAUGAAUUACUUCCCCCCUACGGAAUCUGUCAAUGGCUUGAUCUGCUUUCAAGAAUCAGCUAGGCUGAUUGUUUGGAACCCUAGUACGCGACAGUUGUUAAUUUUACCAAAACCCAAUGGGAACUCGAAUGAUCUAACAAUCUUUUUAGGAUACGAUCCAGUGGAAGGUAAACACAAAGUAAUGUGCAUGGAGUUUUCAGCAACUUAUGAUACGUGUCGAGUAUUAACCUUAGGAUCAGCUCAAAAAUUAUGGAGAACGGUCAAAACUCAUAAUAAGCAUCGUUCUGACUAUUAUGAUUCUGGGAGAUGCAUCAACGGUGUUGUAUAUCAUAUAGCCUAUGUCAAGGAUAUGUGUGUGUGGGUUCUAAUGAGCUUUGAUGUCAGAUCUGAAAUAUUCGAUAUGAUCGAGUUACCAUCAUCGGAUGUUCACAAGGAUGUGCUGAUAGAUUAUAAUGGGAGGUUAGCUUGCGUUGGUAGAGAAAUAAUAGAGAAGAAUGGUAUUAGAUUGUGGAUUUUGGAGAAACACAACAAGUGGUCGAGUAAAGACUUUCUUGCACCUCUUGUUCACAUAGAUAAGAGUUUGAGUACUAAUAAGUUCCUACUAAAAGGUUUCACUCAUGCUGGUGAGAUUAUUUAUGUAGAAUCCAUGUUUCAUAAAUCGGCUAAGAUUUUCUUUUAUGAUCCGGUGAGAAACACUUCUAGAAGGUUCGAGCUUAAAGGGUUCACUGACGACGAGUUUGUGCUCAGUAAUGAACAUGGUUACACGCUCCAUGUUUUCCCGAAUCACGUUGAGAGUCAGAUCUCUUUUACUUAA